AUGAACGGGGACGAGGAGUUCUUUGAUGCCGUCACAGGCUUUGAUUCUGAUAACUCUUCUGGGGAAUUUUCAGAGGCCAGUCAGAGAGCCCUCGGAGGGCUGCCUGUGGACACCAGCAAAAGCACCGGCAUUGGGGAAGCUGGGGAAAGGCCCCCACAGGAGAAUGGGAUUCAGAGGCACAGGACGUCCUUGCCGGCCCCGAUGUUCACCAGGAGCGACUUCAGUGUGUGGGGUAUCCUGAAGAAGUGCAUUGGCCUGGAGCUGUCCAAGAUCACGAUGCCCAUCGCCUUCAACGAGCCCCUGAGCUUCCUGCAGCGGAUCACGGAGUACAUGGAGCACAUCUACCUCGUCCACAGAGCCUCCCGCCAGCCCAAGGCCCUGGAGAGGAUGCAGUGUGUGGCUGCCUUUGCAGUGUCGGCGGUGGCUUCCCAGUGGGAGAGGACCGGCAAGCCAUUCAACCCACUCCUGGGAGAGACGUACGAGCUGGUCAGGGAAGACCUAGGGUUCCGGUUCAUAUCCGAGCAGGUCAGCCACCACCCCCCUGUUAGUGCGUUUUACUCUGAAGGCCUCGGUCAGGACUUCCUGUUCCACGGCUCCAUCUACCCGAAGCUCAAGUUCUGGGGGAAGAGCGUGGAAGCGGAGCCCCGGGGCACCAUCACUCUGGAGCUUCUCAGACACCAGGAGGCCUACACCUGGACCAACCCUACCUGCUGUGUGCACAACGUGAUCAUCGGGAAGCUCUGGAUAGAGCAGUAUGGCACGGUGGAGAUCCUAAACCACAGGACUGGAGACAAAUGUGUGCUCCACUUCAGACCAUGCGGGCUGUUUGGAAAAGAGCUUCACAAAGUGGAAGGACACAUUCAAGACAAAAACAAGAAGAAGCUCUUCAUCAUCUACGGCAAGUGGACGGAGUGUCUGUGGGGCAUAGACCCUGCGGCGUAUGAGUCCUUCCGGAAGCAGGAGCGGAGGGGGGAGACCCCGAGGAAGUCACAGUUGGCCAUUGGCGUGGAGGACGCUGACACUGAAGUGGACGCCGUGCCUGAGGUCCAGGACACUGUGCAGGUCAUUCCAGGCAGCAGGCUCCUCUGGAGGAUUAACACUCGGCCCCCCAACUCUGCCCAGAUGUAUAACUUCACCAGUUUCACUGUUAGUCUCAACGAACUGCAGACGGGCAUGGAGAAGAUCCUGGCUCCCACAGACUGCCGCCUGCGUCCCGACAUCCGAAGCAUGGAGAACGGCAACAUGGAUCUGGCGAGCCAGGAGAAGGAGCGGCUGGAGGAGAAGCAGAGGGAAGCCCGGAAGGAGCGAGCCAAGGAGGACACGGAGUGGCAGACAAGGUGGUUCCACCAGGGCAGGAAUCCGCACACCGGGACCCCCGACUGGCUGUACUCAGGUGGCUACUUCGAGCGGGAUUUCUCAGGCUGCCCGGACAUCUACUGA